UAAUAAUUAAAAACAUUUAGGACCGAUUUUUCUAAUUUCUUAAUCAAUUUUACCCAACAGAUAGCGAUCUUCGUCUUUUUUCCAGAGAGGUUAAAAAAGAUAAACAUAUGCUAUUCGUCGGGUAAAUAAAUUUACCAAGAAGUUGAAACAAUCAGCCCUUACAAUAUUAUUUUAUAAAUAUCAGAAAUAAGAAAUACACAUACCUAUGUGAACAUAUAUCAGAUUUCUUUCAGAUAUCAUAAAUAAGAACUCCAUAUGUUAACAUGUAUCAGAUCUGUUUCAGAUAUCAUAAAUAAGAACUCAAUAUGUUGAUAUAAUUUAGGUAUCUUAAAGACGUUCAAUUUGAGAAAUCCUUUAGACAUCAUUUUCGUGAUAUCUUUUUGUUUAAAAAAAACGGCGCACUAGAUAACAUUCUGAUAUAUUUACGUGAUCUUUUAGAAACCUAUCUAAGUUAACAGGUUCAGAAAUGCGAUAUCUUUUAGAAAUCGUUUUCAUUUAACAUAUUGUUUUCUGGGAACGUUCAUUUAAAAUAAUUAACGUUCAAUUAUGACUUUCGUUUCUGCAAUAACAUUGCAGUAUAAUACACAUGUUAAAAAAUGUACUUUAAUUAAAAUUUCAUAUAAAAAAGUGUGAGCAUUUUUGUGUGAAAUUGUACACUUUGUUAGAACAUCCGGAACUACCAAGACGUAUGGGAAUAAUUAAUAAUGCGAAAAAGUUUGAUGCGGAUUUCUUCGACUUUCCUUUUGAGCAAGCGCAAACAUUUACACCUGAAAUAAAAAUAUUAUUGGAACAUUCUUAUGAGGCAAUUAUUGAUGCGGGGAUCAAUCCGAAGCAAUUGCGAGGAAAAAAUACCGCCGUGAUCAUAGGGAACACCUUGUGUGAAACGCAAUUUAACUUGAUGUAUACGGAUCUUAAGCUAAAUGGUCUGAAUAUUACUGGAUGUUCAAAAUCUUCACUGGCAAACAUGAUUUCGCACCAUUUUGACCUGAAAGGACCAUCACAAGUAGUCGAUACAGCAUGCAGCUCUAGUCUUUAUGCCAUAAACAUUGGUUAUCGUUGUAUUAUGUCGGGCCAAUGCGAAGAUGCGAUAAUUGGAGCUGCACAAAUAAAUAUUAAUCCAAUUAUAAAUAUGAACUUCUUUCGUUUAGGUGUUUUGUCACCGAAUGGUGAAUCCAGACCUUUCGAUAAAGCUGCAAACGGUUAUGUACGCAGCGAAACGGUGUCAGUGAUAUAUCUUCAAAAAGCAAAGAAUGCGAAAAGGAUUUACGCUAUAAUUCCGCAUAUUAAAACAAACUGCGAUGGUUAUAAAGAAGAAGGAGUAACAUAUCCGUCGUCCCAGAUGCAAACUACUUUGCUAUCUGAAUUUUAUGAUGAGUGCGGAAUACCGACAUCUUGCGUGGAUUACAUUGAAGCACAUGGUACUGGUACCAAAGUCGGCGAUCCUCAGGAAGUCAAUGCUCUUCAUAAGGUUUUUUGCAAGAAUAGAGAAACUCCUUUAAUGAUUGGCUCCGUAAAAUCCAAUCUUGGUCAUGCUGAAGCUGCAAGUGGUUUUUGUCAGCUUGCUAAGGUAAUAAUUGCAUUCGAAACCGGUAUUGUUCCACCACAUAUUAAUUACACAUCACCACGAGAUAAUAUAGACAGCAUAAAAAAUGGAGCUAUCUGUGUCGUUACAAAUCCAAUGCCACUUAAAAAUGGUUACAUAGGUAUUAGUUCUUUCGGUUUCGGGGGAGCUAAUGCUCACAUGUUAGUAAAGUGGAACCCCAAACAAAAACUUGACAAUAAUGCGCCUAAUGAUGACCUGCCAAGACUUGUAUUAUUAUCUGGACGCACGGAAGACUCAGUAAACUUGUUUUUAAACGAUACUGCUAAUCAUCCGAUA